AGAGUUAUCUUUUCCUUACCUUUCCGGCUUCCGACAGGAGAGGAAGUCCGAGUGUCACAGAAGCAUUUGGGUUUUUUAAUUCCAUUUGUUGACUGUGUGACGACUUAUCAAAGAUGUCAUCUAGAUCAAGAAAUGACAAGUCUACAGCACCCACUGAUAAACUCACUCGUAUUGCCAUUGUGAGCAAUGACAAAUGUAAACCGAAAAGAUGCAGGCAGGAAUGCAAAAAGUCAUGUCCUGUGGUCAGAAUGGGAAAAUUGUGCAUAGAAGUAUCUCCUGCAGACAAGAUUGCUUUUAUAUCUGAGGAGCUAUGUAUUGGAUGUGGUAUCUGUUCUAAGAAAUGUCCUUUUGAGGCUAUUUCAAUCAUCAAUUUGCCAAGUAACCUGGAGAAAGAUACAACCCACCGUUACAGUGCCAAUUCUUUCAAAUUACACAGAUUGCCUAUUCCAAGACCUGGAGAAGUACUUGGUUUGGUCGGUACAAAUGGUAUUGGCAAAUCAACUGCAUUGAAAAUUUUGGCAGGGAAACAAAAACCCAACUUGGGGCGGUUUGAAGAUCCUCCUGAUUGGACAGAAAUCUUGACUUACUUCAGGGGAUCAGAAUUGCAGAACUUCUUCACAAAGAUUCUUGAAGAUGACCUGAAAGCCAUCAUUAAACCCCAGUAUGUAGAUCAGAUUCCAAAGGCUGUUAAGGGAUCUGUGCAACAGCUACUGGAUAAGAAAGAUGACUUAAGCAACCAGAUGGAUGUUUGUGAACAGCUUGAUCUGAUCAACGUCCGUGACAGGAAUGUGGAGGAUCUAUCAGGAGGAGAGCUUCAGAGAUUUGCCUGUGCCAUGGUGUGCAUCCAGAAGGCUGAUAUUUUCAUGUUCGAUGAACCCUCCAGUUACCUGGAUGUGAAACAGAGACUCAAAGCUGCCUUGGCUAUCCGGCAGUUGAUUCACCCAGACAAGUUCAUCAUCGUUGUAGAACACGACUUGUCAGUCCUAGAUUACCUGUCAGACUUCAUCUGCUGUCUCUAUGGUGUGCCCAGUGCAUAUGGUGUUGUUACUAUGCCCUUCAGUGUCAGAGAAGGAAUCAACAUAUUUUUGGAUGGCUUUGUGCCUACGGAAAAUCUUCGGUUCAGAGAAACUUCUUUGACAUUCAAAGUGGCAGAGACAGCCAUAGAAGAGGAGAUAAAGAGGAUGUGUAGAUAUGAAUAUCCAGACAUGAAAAAAGUGAUGGGGAAUUUUGAACUUAAAAUUGGAGAGGGGCAGUUCACAGACUCGGAGAUCAUCGUUAUGUUGGGUGAAAAUGGAACAGGAAAAACAACAUUCAUCAGGAUACUGGCCGGGAAACUCAUGCCAGACGAAGGAGGACCUUGCCCAGUGUUAAAUGUCAGUUACAAACCACAGAAAAUCAGCCCCAAGUCCCAGGGCACAGUUAGACAGCUGCUCCACGAGAGAAUCAGGGACGCCUAUGUACACCCCCAGUUUGUGACAGAUGUGAUGAAGCCCCUUAUGAUUGAGAACAUCAUUGACCAAGAGGUUCAGAAUUUGUCUGGAGGAGAGUUGCAGAGAGUGGCCCUGGCAUUGUGCCUGGGUAAACCAGCAGACGUGUACCUGAUUGAUGAGCCGUCUGCUUACCUGGAUUCAGAACAGCGUCUGCAUGCAGCCAAGGUCAUCAAACGGUUUGUGUUGCAUGCCAAGAAGACAGCCUUUGUGGUGGAGCACGAUUUCAUCAUGGCUACUUACCUGGCUGACCGUGUUGUUGUGUUUGAGGGACAGCCCUCCAUCUGUACUAAAGCCAACACCCCCCAGUCGCUGUUGAAUGGAAUGAACAGUUUCCUUGAGUCCUUGGACAUCACAUUCAGGAGAGACCCCAACAAUUUCCGACCACGUAUCAACAAACUCAACUCUGUCAAGGACACUGAACAGAAGAAGGGAGGUAACUACUUCUUCUUGGAGGACUGAAUCUGGGUCAGUUUGUCCCAGGGGCUCGUAGGCUUGGGCUCUCCAAGCAUUUUGAUUUGGUGCCUGGCUGUCUUCGAAUUCUAAAAAUGGUGGAAGAGUACACUACAAUUACAGGAAUGAUGGAAAGCAUGGAAAAUCAUGGAUUAAAUAUACAGCUAUUCUACUAUUGAUAACAUGUUUGGAUUCUUUGUCUUCACUGUGCAUUUUAAGAUAUUUUUUUUGGCAUAGAAUAAUUACAUGUACUAGUGUUAUUGAACCAAAACCCUAUUGAUGUUAUAUGGUGGGGUUUGUCUGCAUAAACUUUGUUAGAUGAAUGUAAGAACAUGCAUACACAAUUCCGGUUUUUGGCUUCAGGUUUCAAGAAAAUUCAGAUUUAAUUAAUAUCAGGGAUCUUUUAGAGAAAUAUGAUCAGCCCAGGCUUAUACUACAACUCAGUUUUCUUAAGACAAAGCCAGACACAAAUUAUUUGAUAUUUCUCAUGUUGCAUUUUAUAAUGAUUUAGAAAUAAUUUGAAGCAAGGCAUAACAAUACAAUUUACAUAUGUUCCUUUCUACUUUAGUGGUAACUUUCCAAGUGUAAAGUUCAAAAAUGAAUUUGUUGAAAUUAAGUCAUUCACCUGAAUUGUUCUUGGAAUGCAUUCUGUACCAAUGUAUUUACUAGGUAUGUAAUAAUUAAUAAUUACAAACAUUGCAAAACAAAUUUCAAAUAGAUGCUGAAUGUAAACAGUCUGUAUGAGACUAAGGUCAAAUUACCCGUACUACAAUACUAUUGUGGGAUAUUUACAUGCAUUUUGAUAUUAGGGUCUUCUCAAAUUAUCAAAUGUAUAUUUUAGUGUUGUGCUCUCAUUCCCAUUCUGAAGAUAUGAAUUUCUUCGAGAAAAUGAAUAUUAAAAUUUUCAAAUGCUCA